AACUCAUCUUCACAGAUGUCUCAAGCAGCUCUCUCUCUUUCUCUCUCUCUCUCUCUUCUUUCUCUGAUCACAAGGGUUAUUUGUCUGAAUCUCAUUCUAUUGAGUCAUUAUUGACCUCUGCAGAGAUCCGGACAAAGUUUUGAAACCGACCACAAGUCCAAGAAUCAUCGAUCAUACAACAAUGUCUGGAGACUCUCUGCUCACAUCUAAACAAGGAGGAGGUUCUUUGUCCAUAUACUCACAGCCAAAGAAUGUUACUAAAGAGUUCAACGGUCGUGAUUCCCCCAAGAACAGCAAAUUCCACCAUUACAGAUUUGAGCUCGAGCACGAUGUGAAGCGAUUGAAAAAUCAAUUGCAGAAAGAGACUGCAAUGCGCGCUCUUUUGCUGAAAGCUUCUGAUCAAAGCCAUAAGAUUGAGCUGUCUCACGCAUCUUCUCUUCCUCGCAGUGUUCAAGAACUUCUCACCAAUAUAGCAGCUAUGGAAGCUACGGUCUCUAAGCUCGAACAAGAGAUCAUGUCUCUGCAUUUCUUGCUGAUUCAAGAACGAAACGAGAGAAAACUUGCCGAGUACAACCUCACCCAUUCUCUAUCUCCACCUAAUGCUUUAGAUUUGGUUAGACUUUCCGAAAAGAAUGAAAGUCUACGCCCUAAAGACCACAAAGCACAACCUAGAAGCAAAGUGGCAAAGUCCUUGCAGAGUUUUGACAAUGCUAAUGAACUAUCCAAGGAGAUGAUCAGAUGCAUGAGAAACAUAUUUGUGUCUCUAGGAGAGACAUCUGCAGGAUCCAAAUCCUCACAAGAGACUGCCAGUGUUUCUUCUCGUGAGAAUCCUCCAUCAUCAUCAACGUCAUGGUGGUCUCCUUCAGAACACUCACGGAUCUCCAGGUGGGCACAGAGUCCACGGAUCGAUAUUCAGAAGAACUCAGAUGUUUUAGCCACAGAGAGCGAUGUGUUUGAUCUUUAUACAGUCCAAGGAAAGCUGAGCUGGGCUGACAUCGGGAGUUACAGAUCUGCAACUGAAGUGGCUUCAAUGUCUGUUGAGGAGAAAAGGCUCGGAUAUGCUUCAGAUGAGUUAUGGAGAUUCAGGAACCUCGUUGAAAGACUUGCCAGAGUAAAUCCAGCAGAACUAAGCCACAACGAGAAGCUUGCCUUCUGGAUCAACAUAUACAAUGCCAUGAUCAUGCAUGCAUACUUGGCUUACGGCGUACCAAAAACUGACUUAAAGCUCUUCUCCUUGAUGCAAAAGGCUGCUUAUACAGUUGGUGGCCAUUCAUACAACGCAGCAACGAUCGAAUACAUGACUUUAAAGAUGAGCCCUCCUCUGCAUCGUCCUCAAAUUGUACUAAACUCACCUUCUUUAUUUUCUGCAAUCUCUUCACUUUCUACUCUAUAACUCUUACCUAAACCGGGAUAUUCAGGCUCUGCUUCUCUCCAUUCUCAAGCUGAAAGUAUCAGACGAACAGAGACAAGCGGGGAUAAGUACACCGGAACCUCUAGUGUCAUUUGCUCUCAGCUGCGGGAUGCACUCAUCUCCUGCGGUGAGAAUAUACUCAGCCGAGAACGUAGGAGAAGAACUUGAAGAAGCUCAGAAAGAUUAUAUCCAGGCGUCAGUGGGAGUGAGCCCAAGGGGAAAGUUGAUUGUGCCCCAAAUGCUUCACUGUUUCGCCAAGAAAUCUGUCGAUGACUGCAAGGUUGCUCUGUGGAUUUCUCGUCAUUUGCCUCCUCGCCAAGCUGCAUUUGUUGAGCAGUGUAUUCACAGGCGACAAUGGUGGGGUUUUCUGGGUUCAUCUAGUAGCAAAUGCGGCAUAGUUCCUUUUGAUUCACGGUUCCGAUAUUUGUUUCUUCCGUAGCAAGGCAUUGAUUCACAAUGAUGUGAUUAAAGCAAAUACUGUUCCGAUCCUAGGGUUUAGAUCUAUGAUUAUUUAGGUGAUUCAAUCUUAUUUUCUCAAACUAAUAAACAAAUAAAUGGAUUUAGAUCUGCUCAACGAAAUAAAGAAGAC